GUGGCGGGGCGGCCUGGCCGGGGCUGAGCCGCUUUCCACCGUCGUCGGCGGGCGCCUGGUGGAGGGACAGCAUUGGCGAGGGACACCUCAGUGAGUUCUCACGACAGGACGUUGGCCCGAGCCGACCGCCCGCACCCCGUUGAAGCUCGUCCUCAGCCGGCCAUGGACGCGGAUGUGACCUCCCGACCCGUUCCUCACCCCUAUUGGCCUCGGGACCUGCUGCUUGAACACUACCAGCCCAACGACAAGGCCAUGUGGCAGAUCCUCGCCUACCUCUUUUUCUUCUCUGGGGCCUUGUGGGGAGCAACCUGGCUACUGGCUGGCUGGCGGGGGGUGGCCGUGGCACCCAUCGGAUUCUGGCGCCGCCUGGUUAUCGGCUGGUUCGCCUUUUGCAGCUUCAUCCACGGGGUGAUCGAAGGCUGGUUUUCUCUGUACUAUCGGGACAUCCCUGGAGACCGCUCCUUCUUAUCUCAGCUCUGGAAAGAAUAUUCCAAAGGCGACAGCAGAUACCUCAUAGCUGACAACUUCAUGGUGUGCAUGGAGACGGUGACCGCGCUGACCUGGGGACCCCUCAGCCUCUGGGCCAUGGUGGCCUUCCUCCGCCGCCACCCCCAGCGUUACCUGCUGCAGCUUGUCAUCUCCUUGGGUCAGAUGUACGGUGACGUGCUCUACUUUUUCACUGAGUACCGGGAAGGUUUCCAGCAUAGUGAGAUGGGCCACCCGAUCUACUUCUGGUUCUAUUUCGUCUUCCUGAAUGCCGUGUGGAUUGUCAUCCCCGCUGUCCUCUUCCUUGACUCCUGGACCCACCUCACGCAGGCUCAAAGAGCCCUGGACUCCCCUGCCCGUCCCAAGGGCAAGCAACAUUAAUGGCCGCGUGGAUGGGUGGAGGCUGAUGCUUGCUCUUGUUCUUCCUGGGGAUUCUUCACACUGGCAAUGGGAAUCAGCGGGUACUUCAAGUUCUGAAAAGUCCCAUUGCUCAACUGGGGCUAUUUUUAAUGGGUAACUGAAGCAAGAUUAUGUUUUUCUUUCUCUGUCUCUCUUUCACAUACACACCCCCACACACACACGUUUCAUCUUUUUGGAUUGUGCUGUGUAGGUUGCUGUUUGGGUGCUUAGUCUAGGUCAGUCAGUCGUAUUUAUUGAGCGCUUACUGUGAGAGGGCACUGAACCUAAGCACUUGGAGAAUACACUAUAAAAAUAAAAAGACACAUUCCCUGCCCACAAUGUGCGUACAGUCAACGGCAUUUCACUGAGCAUUUUCCAGAUGAUUCUCUGUGCAAGGAACAACCAGAUGGGGUCACACCCCAAAAAUGUGAAACCUCCCACUGAUUGCCAAGUUCUACACAACAUCCCUUCUCUCCUCUGUUUUAUGGCUGAGGAUUGCCUCUUACCCCCCGAUGCACCGCUCCUUCCCAACUCUUCCCGAACUCUACUUGUGACGGAGCCUCAGCCACCUCACGUCCAAGUGUCCACGGGGGUGAUUGGAUGGUGGCCUUGUACACCCGAAAAUGGGAGCAAUUCCCCCUGCCUCACUACAUUCCUUUAAUUUAGAAGCUCUGCCCUGCAAGGGGAGAGGAGGGGUAGGCAGCAGUAUUAAUGAGACCUUUGUUUUUCAGCCCUGUGGGUGCCCUCUCCUCAGCUAGUGAAUGCUGUCCUGGUGACACUACGCGUUUAUGUGUGUGUCUGUGUGUAUCUGCGUGUGUGUGUUGUGGGGAGGGGAGAAAAUACUGAUCAGAUUCAGCUCCUCAGUAAUCUACUCCCUGGUCGCUAUUUCUGAGCUGUGUGGUAUAAAUAUACAGAUGUGGUAUAAGUAUAUUUAUUUUUUACAACCCAUGGCCUUCUUAUAGUCUCCAGCAUCUAUGCCAUUUUAAAAUUGGAAAUAAAAACAAUUAAACGAA